CGAAUCGGAAGUCUUCGUCGCUAUGGCUUAGGCGGCGGAAGUGUGACCAUGGUUACCAUGGUAAUGCCGCAUUGGGUGUUUGGAAGACUAAUCUAAGCUGGAAUAGAGGUAACGGUAGUCGGUGUGUCUAUUUUCGUCAGAUAGGCGGGCAGGAGAAUGAUGGAGGAGUCAGAGGGGCUGAAGACGCGGUUUGUUCAGAACCAGCCAUACGACGAGAGCCUUGAGAUCAACGAUUCAGAAGAGGUUGCAAGUUUGUACUCUCCAACCCCCAGGAAUUCAGUUCCUUCUAAGCCCAGGACAGGCAGAAACAGAGAAAUGCCCGACCCCAAUGUAACUAGUGAAGAAGAAGAUAGUACCAUGGAUGGGAAGAAGAAGAAAAAAGUGCAAGGAAACCUUGGUGACGGACGAAUUGUCCCUGCACAAGGACUGACAGAUGAUGAUGAUGAUAAUGAUGACUCUGAGGAUUCAGAUGAUGAUGAUGAUGAUGAUGAAGAGGAUGAUGAAGAAGAACAUGAAACCUCCAAUGCUGGUUAUGAUCCAGCAGAUUUUGAGCAUCUCCCAGUAACAUCAGAAAUCAAGGAGUUGUUCCAAUAUAUUACCAGAUAUACUCCACAGACCAUAGAACUGGACCACAGAUUGAAGCCUUUCAUCCCAGAUUUUAUUCCAGCUGUUGGGGACAUUGAUGCUUUUUUAAAGGUGCCACGACCAGAUGGGAAGCCAGAUAAUCUUGGCCUUUUGACGCUGGAUGAACCUUCAACAAAGCAGUCCGAUCCUACUGUCAUGGCUCUUUGGUUGACAGAGAAUUCCAAACAGCAUGGUGUCACACAGCAGAUUAAAGUGAAAAGUCUGGAAAAUGCAGAAAGGAACAGUAAAGCCAUUGACACCUGGAUAGAGAGUAUCAGCGAACUUCAUCGUUCCAAGCCUCCAGCUACUGUGCACUACACUCGGCCAAUGCCAGAGGUAGACACGCUAAUGCAAGAAUGGCCACCUGAGUUUGAAGAGCUGCUCGGGAAGGUUAGUCUUCCUACCGCUGAUUUAGAUUGUGAUCUACCCACAUACAUUGACUUGAUCUGUGGUAUCCUGGAUAUCCCGGUUUACAAAAGUAGGAUACAGUCUUUGCAUGUGCUGUUCUCUCUCUAUUCAGAGUUUAAGAAUUCCCAGCAUUUCAAAGCCUUAGCAGAGGGGAAGAAGGAAAGGAGCUCUUCUGGAAACACAGUACCACACAGUGGAGACACGGAAGGCCUCCAAUUCAGCUGAACGUGUCCUCGCCCUUCUCUAUAGAUCACCCAUAAUAUGGCACUUUUGCAAGGAAUCACUCAAACGCUGUGUUUUUUACUAGAAGAAGCUGAAACACAGCAGUGAAUAUAACAGUACAGGUUUUACUGUCACCUUUAAGGAAAGGGUUAAAGUUUUUUUCCUGCAGCCUAUUGCAUUUUUUUUACUAUUAUAUUUGAGCAUUAUACCACUUUAAUAAAUCUCCAUUUUGACAAAUACUUUGGAAAUGCUUGAGUUAGCGUUUCUCAUACCAUCAUUCAAAUGGUAUCAUUAAAGAGCAGAUGGCUACAAAGACAUGGUAUGAAGAAGUUUCUCAGAAGGAAUCUCGUUUUAUGGUACAGAGUUGUAGUAUUUCAGUAUUAAAAAAAAAUCAUUAUCCAUAAUGCUGCAUACUAAAGUUAAUUUGGUUGAGAGAAAAAAAAAAAAAGACAACAAAGUUCACCUAUUCCUACAUGUUUAUUUGUUGAAAUAUAAAUUCCUUUUAUAUGA